UCAAUCCGAUCGAUCGAUCGAUCAGAGUCGAACGACGCUUUUCAGUCCUCAUGCCUCCGAUUCCUGAGAACUUAGCUUGUCGGAUUUAUGCCCGAAGACAUUGCCAUUGCCAUUGCGUUCGUGCUCUCCACAGAAGAUCUGGAGAUUCUAUCGAUGCAAAUGAAUUCGACACCGAGUCGACGCUGAACAUCAAGCGAGGCACGGGACGAUGGAGGCAAAAUGUAGACGGCAUGACAGCAGGUCGCAUCCUGGACUCGGGCAUCAGUCGAGUUUGCACAUCGCCAUUUUGAUCGGGCUGCUGAACGUGGCGCUCGACGUUCGGGCCGAGCCAGUUUUAAAUGAGUCCGUGUGCCUUCACAUGUCCGUGUCGCCUGCUCUGACUCCCUACAUUCAAGAGCUUCCCAGACUCCCAUCCAUCGAUAUUUCUACCGGCGUUCAGGUCACUUUGGGCGUGUAUAAGGUUUCUCGGAGCGUGCAUCCCGAGCUCCCCAACACGACGUUCUACUGCUACGGGACGAGUGGAGAAACAGCAUCGUGCCCAGGACCGAAUCUGGAGGCGAAGAAGGAUGUCACUUCCUACGUUCGAUUCGAGAACCAUCUCACAGACGAGAGCCACCUCUUCGUCGUGGACCCGACCCUUCGGCAAGCUAAGCCCCCGAGAGGAGGAAUCCCCCUCAUCACACAUCUGCACGGGGCAGAAACGGAGCCAAAAUACGAUGGGCACGCAGAAGCUUGGUACACUGCUGCUGGCGACACAGGGCCGGCGUUCGUCACCAGGGACAGGGAGUUUCUGAAUCAGCAGCCCGAAACUCUUCUGUGGUACCACGAUCACACCCUCGGGUACACUCGCCUCAACAUCGUAGCUGGUCUUCUGGGGCUGUACUUCAUACGCAGUGCGCACGAGCCUCCGAAUCUACCGUCAGGAGAGUUCGAGAUACCUCUCGUCAUCCAAGACAAGCAGUUCCUCCCCGAUGGAUCGAUCAACUUUCCCACCAAGAGCUUCAAUCUGUCCGUGAGCAGUGCUCCGAAUUGGUGCCCGAGCUACAUGGGCGAUGUGAUUCUGGUGAAUGGGAAAGCGUGGCCGUUUCUCAAUGUCGUCAGAGGAUUGUAUCGCUUCCGCAUCUUAAACGCAGCGAGUGCUCGAACCUUCAGGUUGAUGUUCAGUGACAGCAGAGUGAAGAUUGUUCAGAUUGGGACGGAUGGAGGGUACGUGUGGACUCCCGUGGAGCUGGCCGAUAUCUAUUGCCCUCCUGCUUAUCGGCUCGAUCUGCUCGUGGACUUCAGCGCAAUCCCUGUGGGAUCGACCAUUUUUUUGAACAACUCGUACAUGGAGUCCCUCGCGACCAACAAUCCAACGACAGCGAGGCUCGUCAUGAAAUUGAACGUCGUCGAAGGGUUGCCCGCUCAGAAUGUCAGCAUUCCCACAUCCUUGGGUCCUGCGCCGAACUUAACAGAGGUGAUCAGUCAGGCUGCGUAUCGACAGUUGACCUUAUCGACUCAAUCGGAGCCAUAUCUCAGGGAGAUGCUGAAUCUUCGAGUCUGGAGCGAUCCAGCAACUGAGAUGCCGCAGCUGUACAGCCACGAGAUUUGGGACAUCGUGAAUCUGAAUGGGCUAGGUUCUCAUAUCAUCCACCUGCAUCUCGUCAACUUCCUCUUGCUCGAGUGGCAGCCGGUCGACGUGUUGAAGGCCAGCAGGGGACUGUGCUCACUCUCCAAACCCUUCGGAGAGCCGGACAGCUGCUUCACCGAAGCCCCAACACCUGCAGAGAGCAUCGGCUGGAAGGACACCAUCGCUGUGACACCUCUUCACUCGCUCAAGGUUCUGGUUCCCUUUUUCCCUCGAAGCGGUGGUUCCUACAACUUCGACGCCACUGCUUUCCCCGGGUAUGUUUGGCAUUGCCACAAAAUCGAUCAUGAGGACCAUGACAUGAUGAGGCCGCUCGUGAUUCAGCCAGCCUCCUCGAGCUUGAAGAGAAAUCGGGCCCGGAUCUAUAAAUCGAGACACGGAGAUAUCUCAUCCUCCGAUCCCGCAGGUGGAGCUGACAGCGCUUCUUCCUGAUGGUGUACAUUGUGACAAAAUGUUGAAAUCCGACAUCGAACGAUGCUAAUUCUUCCUUGCAACAUUCAAAGGUCACGGGAUCAGAAUAACAGUUCAGCUUUUCAAUCUCUCUGUAUGUCAAUGUUGCGUUUACUCGGAGAAUUUGUUUCCAUGUGGAUUGAUUAUAUCCGACCUGUAUCUCUCCUACUGCCACUAAUUCUUGGAUUCUGCAGGUCUUUUGAGUUUGCUCUUGAAAAUCCCAAGAACGCUUUUGUUCUCUACCUAUAGAAAAAAUGUAGAUUCAUUUUUGUGUUUUAGACUUUAAUGCUGUGUAUUAGUUGAUGUUUGCUUAUUGUACCCACAUCACUGAACGUAUCUACAGAUCUUAUGACACUAAAUAAAUGGCA